CGGAGCUACCGCGCCGAGAGCCGCAGGAGCCAGCCGGGGCCCGGGGAGGAGACGAUGCCCUCGGAUCUGCUGACCCCCUUCGUGGAGCUGGACGAUCCUCUGUGCCAGGCCUUCCUGAGGUUGAACGUGGGAGAGGAGCCUGGCCCCACGGCGAGAUGCCCGGUGGGAUACCAGCGCACCUUCUCCGCCUGCCCGGCGGCACCGUCCGGCAGCGCCGAGCCCCUGGACGAUGCCCUCUGGUCUCUCCCCGGCCAGUGGGACUGGGCCCCGGCGCUGCCCCGCACCAGCCUCCAGCGCAUCCCGUUCCGGGCGGAGCGCUCGGCCAGCGUGAUCGAGGGCUGUGGGGAGGGGGCGGCGGCCGCCUCGUCCCGCUACAAGACGGAGCUGUGCCGCACCUACGAGGAGAGCGGGGUCUGCAAGUACGGGGCCAAGUGCCAGUUCGCCCACGGGGCCGGGGAGCUGCGGGGCCUGAGCCGGCACCCCAAGUACAAGACGGAGCUGUGCCGGACCUUCCACACGGCCGGCUUCUGCCCCUAUGGCUCCCGCUGCCACUUCAUCCACAACGCCGACGAGCAGCGCCAGCCCCCGCGCCUGGGGGGCCGCUCCCCCUCCUUCUCCCGCAGCGCCUCCCUGCCACCCUCGCCGCCCGGGCCCUGCCGCUGCCCUGCCGGGGAGCCCCCCUGUUUGGUCUUCUCGGCCACCGCCGCUCUGGGCCAGGACGGAGCAGGGGGGGCUCCGGCCGCCCCUGAUGCCUUCGUCUUCCCCGGGCAGCUGUUGCUGCAGAGGAGCCCUUCCUCCGACUCCCUCUCGGAUCAGGAGGACUCGGGAGGCAGCAGCGGGUCGGAGUCCCCGGAACUGGGGCCCGGCGGGCGCCGGCUCCCCAUCUUCAGUCGCCUGUCGGUCUCCGACUAGCAGGUGUGCAGCGACCCUCCGGCGUGGGCCCUGCCCCCCACCCUCUGCUGGGCCUAACGCUUAGGUCGCUGCCUCUCUGCCUAGAGGCUGGGGCCGGUGGGGAGCUACCGUAUCGGGUCAGAGCUGAAGGGGUUAAUCGGUUCCAGGGUUGAGUGUGUUGGGGCAAUAACCUCGGCACUGCCCCCUCUGGGAUCAUAGGCCAGAUCGUCUCCUUCUGGUGUAAAUCUGGGCUCAUUCCAUUCCACUCCCAUUGGAGUCCCACCCCAGUAUUGCAAAAGGGGAGAGAACUAGGCCUGGGAAGUGGGGGUGCUUCUCUCUCCCCGCCCCCCCACCCCCCCAAUCACAUGCCUCAUACCAUUGCUUAUACCAGUGCAUAUUGCUGCUUUAUGGGACCGGGGAUAGAGUCUUGUAACCAACCAUGCAAGGAGGAAAAACCUCUCCCCGGCUUUCACUGGUGAACACAGUCGGGGCUAUUUUUGCUUGGGGGCGGGGGCGGCAGAGACCUCCUGACCUCCACAUCUCUGCAGCCUGGGUCUGUGGGUGGAUUCUGAGUCAGAUCUCCUGACCCAGAGGCCACUGCUGGAAACUCAGAUGCGUGGGACCUUGUGUCUUCCAAAACAAACAAAAAAAGGAAAGUGUUUUUUAACACAAAUAGCCAAGUUGCUGUGAUACGGGUUUUUGUGUGUGUGUGUGGGGGGGGGGGGGGCCUGAUUCUGCUGCUCUGCAUCUCGUGUGGGUAUUUCCACCGGAGCCGGACGCUGCUGUGAGCUGCAGAGCCGGUGUGAACCGGUAGCUCCUUUUUGUAAGCUUUUGGGGAGCCUCUGGUGCCCCGGCUUUGGGCCAGCGCAGGAGGGUGGAUGUGAAGUGAAAUGGACGUGGUGCUGAAGCUCACGGGCCUCGUGUCUCCGAGCGGCCUAGGGCAGGGGAGGUGGGGAACCGAAAAGAAACCGCUUCCUGCUUCAUUCCCUCAGGGUGGGCUGCUGGUGGUAGGAGGGUUGUAGUUUUUAAACAGAUCGUGACCUCUACCCGAGAGCCCUUCUGAGCGUCCUGAACGAGCCGUGUGGCCUUGCUAGCCGCCGGUUGCAGCUGGGGGGCUCUGAGUCUGCCCACUAGGUGCUACUCUCCCUCAGGCUCGGAGGAGCUGGUUGCCACCAUGUGGGGCUUGAUGUGACUUAAACUUGCCAGUCAAACUCUGCACAGCCUGGCUGGGGCGGCAGCUGGCUCUCAUCUUGCCAGCAGGGGGUGCUAGAUUCCAGCAAGGGGAAGAGGGUGAUUGGAUUUCCCCCCCCUGUGGUGUCCAGAUAUAAGUGGGAAGUGGUCCCCUCCUCUCCUCCCUCCCUCGUGACAUCCCAGGUUGGGAAUCCAUGUCCUGAGUCUUCCAUUUGGCAAGUGAUUUCUCCUCCCAAAUUUGUCCUAACUUGGCUGGCCUGCCAGAUUUCUGCCCCCAGCCCCUCUAAUCUCCUCCCGAGUGGUCUGGAUCCUCGUGGCGAGGAGGUAGAGCUGCCUCUUUGCAUGUCAAGCGGGUGGAAUAUGGCAGGAAAUUACCCAGCCUGGGGGACUGUCUGGGAGGAGGCAGAGCUGGUGUUCACCCUACCCACCGUCUACGCCAGGCGAGAUUUCUCCAGGUAGCUCUGUUCCCGCCCAGGCCCUAACACAAGGAAGGGACAGAUUCGUGCUCAUAAGUCGUCUGCUCUGAGCUAAGCUGUUCAAACAUCCAAACUCGCGGGCAAAACCUGCCUGUUUGUUUGGGAGCCGAGACCUUCAGCGAAGCUGACCCGGAGCUUAUGGGCCGAAUCGCUUUAGGGCCAGAUUCUAAAAACCCAAAUGGGCUCCUGAAUUCUCCCCCCCACCACACACACACAUCCCAACCCCAUCAUGUUUCAGAUCCAUCUGCCCCUCCUCGCUGGGCUGGGAAUGGGGCAGUGUUUAGGCUAGGGUUUAAUGUCCCAGUCCCUUCCAAUAGGUAAGAUGGCACCUCACCGGCUCUGCAGCGUCUGCCUGCUGACUGGCUAAUCUAGGUGUCUUUCCCUGUUUCAACCCCUUCAGUUAUUUUGAAGAAAGCCACUAAUCUUUCAAAGGUAGAAGGCUUCCUCUGCUGGGAUAGCGUCGCUGGGCUAGUAGCUAAGGCAAGGACUUUUCAAAGAUGCCUUGGGGGUGGAUUUGACGAUCCCACUCCAGUGGGAAUAGUCUGUUUUCCGCGCAACUGAUCAGACCUGUGCAUCGAAGGGCCGCUUUGUGUGAGGGGGUGGAAAUUGACAGAAUUUCUCCAUGUGCGGAUGCUCUAUUCUGGAAUAAUUCAUGCGCUUCCGAAGCAGAGCAGCCGUUCUGGAAUAAAAUUCGUUCUGAAAUGGAGCAGGGACAUGAGUAAUUCUGCAAGGGUUAUUCCAGUCAAUAUCCAGCCCUUCGUCAAAUUUAGGUUUGAAAAGCCUCGAUCUGUGUUUUUGUUUUAAAUUAUAUUUUAAACUAUUUAUUGUCCUUUUUUUUUUUUAAAUCCUAUUUCUGAUAUUUGGAACCAAAUCUUUGUAGAGGAGCAUAAACUUAUUUUAGUUUGUUUAUCCUGCGCACUGGAACGUCAGGGCCAGCGCCUGCCUUAAGUACCUGACUGUAAACGUGCUGAAUCUAACUUAUUGCGAAAUUGGUUUCCUGUUUAUUUAUAGUGGUUUCACUCUGCUUUUUUUUAUAGAUCUAUAAAAUUAAUAUAAUGGGUGAUUAUUUUUUUAUGGAUUGUAUCUAUUUCCUGACUGUAAUAAAACUGUCUCUUUUUUUUGUG